CACAUGAAUGUGACCAAGUACGUUUAUAUUACGGUCACACUCCGACUAGAAAUGGAAUACUAGUCUUUACCGACAUUAGCAAUCGACAGUGUCAUCGAUAUACCUCCAUCUCGAAUUCCAAUAAGAGAAAUUUACCGGUUCCGCAAAACCAAACAAACGAGCGAAAUGUUGAAAGUGCGCAACAUUUGCAUGCUGCAGCCUCGACGCUGGCGCAGCGGCAGCAAGAAGCGCUGGAAUCUGCUUCAACACAAGAAGAACAACUGCGAUCGUGCGCUUGACAGCUUCGAUGAUUUCUACGGCUCUGUGUAUGGCGGUCGUUGGAAAAAUAUGCGAGCAGCGCUGCUCACCGAGCACAAAUAUGUGGCCAUGGUUAACAACUUUGGGGACACAGAGCAGACGUGCAGCAUGCUGGAAAUGGACGGUGCGAUCAACAUCAAGUCACUCAUUCAAUUGGCCCAAGAGCGACAGGAGGAAAAUGCAACCAAUUCGAGUCAAUUUUUGGGUGAGGAAAAGCGUGCUCAUUACGACAUCGAUGACAAACUCGAUGCGCUGCUGAGGAAGCAACAAGAGCGCGAGGUGGCCGCCAUUUAUCCAACUGACGAUAACCAUGUGCAGCCACAGCAAUUGAACUAUGAGCGAAGUCAACAAAAGGAAGAAAAUCUCGACACUGACUCGUCCUAUGAGCCGAGCUUAACAAGAGCUCUCGAGGAAGACGUUCAACUGGAUGCCAGUCGCUUGGUAGAUCCACAAUUUGGCACUGGCGGCUUGUACGAAUAUAUGCCUGCCAAUACCAUCAAGGGUAUGGAGGAUUGGGUGGCCGAAUCGGAACAUUAUAAAUACUAUCAAACUAGCGCUGAUUUUCCGUUGGCCAUCGAACCAGAACAGAAUUUUAAAUAUCCAGAACACUUGGCCAUCUACACCUACGAAAUGGGCAACUGUUCGGACUUUAAGCCACCGCGACAAUGCCUCACAGGAGUUCUCUCACAUUUCCUAAUGGAUGGCGCCUCGGUGUUGCCUCCGUUGUUCCUUCAAGUGCAGCCCGGAGAGCGUGUCCUGGAUGCUUGUGCCGCACCAGGCGGCAAAUCAUUGUUGAUGCUGCAGACACUGCAUCUGGAUCAGCUUAUAUGCAACGAUGUGCAGGAGUCUCGACUGAAUAAACUGCGUCAUGUCAUGCAGGAAUAUCUAUUUGAUUACAAACAACGCUGGGCGGGUCAGCGUUUGAUCUUCAGCCAGAGUGAUGCACGCAAUUUGGAUGAGUUCGACAGCUAUGAUAAAAUACUCGUCGAUGUGCCUUGCACAACAGAUCGUCAUGUGCUGAUGCACCAGGACAACAACAUCUUUAAGCCCACGCGCAUCAAGGAGCGUCUCCGCAUUCCCGAACUCCAGGCGGGCAUCUUGGCUAAUUGCUUGCGUCUCUUGAAACCUGGCGGCAGUCUAGUCUAUUCCACCUGCUCGCUGUCGCCAGUGCAAAAUGAUGGCGUUGUUCACAUGGCACUGCAAAAGGUCUUUACCGAGCAUGGCAUCACAGCGACCAUCAAGGAUCUUAGUCAACAGACAGCGCUCUUAGGGGAUAUUUAUAAAUUUGAGCAGCCAAAGGGUUUGAAGUAUGGCCAAAUGGUUAUUCCCUAUUUGCCAGCCAAUUUUGGCCCGAUGUACUUUAGUAAAAUUACGAGAAAUACUUAAAGAAACGAAAACUGUUUAAACGACUGCUAGAGGCCUUCUCUGAAUUAAAGAUUACGUUAUAGAAUUAAAUGUUUUGAAGUACAAGUUUCAAUGAAUACAUAAGUUAUGUUUUUUUAUGUUUCUUUUAAACUGUUAUGAAAAUAAUCAGUGCAACCUGAAUGCUCCGGUUUAAUAAGAUGUAUUAUAAGAUUUGUUGGAAGGAAUAUACCUACAUCGAUUUAUGGAUGGACCUAUAAAAACCCCUUUUCCUAUUUAACCUUAACUCUAACACGUUGUGUCUCAGCUUGAAUUUAAUAUAUGAUAUAUAUUUACGAUUGUAUGAGAGCUGGGCUUCAGCAGUGCCUUUUAGCUCUCUCUAACUUAGUGUUAAAUUUAAGAAACUUGGAUGUAACGUAACAUCGUUUAUCCAAUAGUUUUGUUGUUUCACAUUUUCUCCGGCUUCUUUUUCUUUUUGGGUCUAAUGGGCAACGGCCCAGGCAUUUUAAAGAUGGUGCUGAAAAAAAAAAUAAAGUUACAUAAAAUUAUAUAUGAAUAGAAAUACAAAUAAGCAGCUCUCUUACUGGCAUGUGGUGCAGAUGGGACUAUACUUGCAGAAGACACUCAAGCAGACGGAGCACACGUAGCCGAUGUCGAUGAGCUCGCGAUGGCAGAAACACGAGGCACGAUAAUCGACUUUUGG